AUGUCAAAAACAAAGGAUUCGGAUUGGUUGGUGCUACAACCCGCUAAAUCAAAAAAAAAGAGUUUUUUUUUCUUUUUUAGCGACAACCUUUUUUUUUCCAGCUUUCCUUUCUGUAACAAGGCCCUGUUGGUGAGACACAAAGCUGUGUACUACGUGAAUGGACCUGCAUGACAAGGAGUGGACCUCUUCCUCUUGGGGAGACGCACAGUGUUCGCAACAACAACAACAACAACAACAACGCCAAUCUCGAUUGCCAUUGCCCAUUCACCCAUCCCAACAUCAGCAGCAACAACAGCAGCAACACAACAACACGCUUGCUGCUGUCGAGCCAGUAGUCCCUGUGCAGCAGCAACAGCAGCAGCAGCAGCAGCAUGGCUUGUCGUCUUCUUCGACCAACGAGCAUUACAUGAGCAACUACUACUACUACUCGCCGUCAUACUAUUACGGUUAUCCUUCUUCCAAUACUGCUACUCCUACUGCUACUGCUGCUGCUUCUUCUUCUUCUUCUUCUACUUCUUCUAAUACGACUAGUCCCACUCUUGUGUCGCGCCCAGAUCUUCGACGAUCCGAGUCUUCUCCGCAACAGCCGCAGCAGCGAGCUUAUCACCACCAGCAGCAUCAUCAUCCUCAUACGGGGUAAGUCAGUCUUAAAAGUCGUACAAAAAGAAAGAAAACUUGUUUCUCGUUCGUACCCACUUCCCCCACUUUCCCUCUUUCUCUCGCUUCUCUUCUCUUCUC